GGCCUGGGUUUCCGGGCCGGCCUCUUGAGGCCGAUGCACAAGAUGGCGGCGCCGGCGGCCCGCUGGAGGCCGCAGGCUGUGGCGGGUAGUUGAGUUGUGGUGCGGGACAGGGAGCCCCACAGGCCUCGCGCAGGUGACAGGUGGUCGGGCAGUGCCGCCCGCCCCGUGGGGGUGCAUGGCCUGCUCUCUGCCGUGUCCCGUUUUCACUGCCGCCCAAACCCUGUCCGGGGGCGGAAAAGGAAGGUCAGGCCAGGCCGCCCCGCCUAUCUUCGUCCCGGGGCGGUCCCCGUGAGUGGCUCUCUUUUAGAAUUGACUUUAGCCACGUGUAGCUUCCAUGGCUGCGUUGCAGGCCCCGGGGGAGAAGAUUAAUAUCCAGGCAGGAGAGACGACCAAGGUCGGGGACGGGGACCCGCCGGGGGACGAGUGGCCCGAGCAGGACAGGCUUCCACAGCGUUCCUGGAGACAGAAGUGCGCCUCCUAUGUGCUGGCCCUGAGGCCCUGGAGCUUCAGUGCCUCACUCACCCCUGUGGCCCUGGGCAGUGCCUUGGCCUACAGAUCCCAGGGUGUCCUGGAUCCCAGGCUGUUGGUGGGUUGUGCAGUGGCUGUCCUGGCUGUGCACGGGGCCGGAAAUUUGGUCAACACUUACUAUGACUUUUCCAAGGGCAUUGAUCACAAAAAGAGUGAUGACAGGACUCUGGUGGACCGGAUCUUGGAGCCCCAGGAUGUUGUUCGAUUUGGAGUCUUCCUCUACACCUUGGGCUGUGUCUGUGCCGCUUGCCUCUACUACCUGUCCACCCUGAAACUGGAGCACUUGGCUCUCAUCUACUUUGGAGGCCUGUCUGGUUCCUUUCUCUACACAGGAGGAAUUGGAUUCAAGUAUGUGGCACUGGGAGACCUGAUCAUCCUCAUCACUUUCGGCCCGCUGGCUGUGAUGUUCGCCUAUGCUGUCCAGGUGGGGUCCUUGGCCAUCUUCCCUCUGGUCUAUGCCAUCCCUCUGGCCCUCAGCACGGAAGCCAUUCUCCAUUCCAACAACACCAGGGACAUGGAGUCUGACCAGGAGGCCGGCAUCGUCACGCUGGCCAUCCUCAUUGGGCCCACCUUCUCAUAUGUGCUCUACAACACGCUGCUCUUUCUGCCCUACCUGAUCUUCAGCAUCCUGGCCACGCACUGCAGCAUCAGCCUGGCGCUGCCCCUGCUCACCAUCCCCAUGGCUUUCUCCCUUGAGAGGCAGUUCCGCAGCCAGGCCUUCAACAAGCUGCCCCAGAGGACAGCCAAGCUCAACCUCCUGCUGGGGCUUUUCUACGUCUUUGGCAUCAUCCUGGCACCAGCAGGCAGUCUGCCCAGACUCUGAGGAGACAAUCAGCUCCCACCACAGCACAGCCCCUCCUUAGAAUGUGCAAAAGCAGAGACUGAGAAGGGGUACACCUGGCCAGGGUGGGUGCUCAGCAUGGGCUGCCAACGCCUGUCCUUAAGUGUUGGGAUUAUCUUGGUAAAGGUAAUCUGCGUGUGAUUUGUUUCCCUCCUUAUGGGGAGCCCUGAAACCACUCUCGUGUCAGAAGAUGAAUUGGACAUACUGUA